AUGGUGCCGACGUGCCGAGAUUUCAUGACCCCCGCGCGCGCGUGCAUCACGGCGACGACGGACGAUACGAUCGAGAGCGUCGUACACGCGCUGGCCUACGACGGCGUCGGGUGCGUGUGCGUGCUCGACGCCGGGAAACCGGUCGGCGUCGUCACCAAGGCGGACGCGCUGGAGUGGUGGCUCGAAAAGCUUCCCAUGGACUGCGCGUGCGGCGCGGUGGCGAACAAGGCGGUGAUUCAGGCGAGUCCGUGGAUGACGCGCGAUGAGGUGAGCGCCGUGCUGAUGCGCAAUCGCGUGCACCACGUCGCCGUCACCGACCGAGACGGCGUCUUCGUCGGCCUCGUCUCGGCGUGGGACAUCGCUCGCGAGGUCGGUCGCGCGUACGAGCUCCCGUUUUGGCAAGAAUUCUUCGAGCGCGUCCGACAGCCGCGCUUACGAGGCUCGCGUCCGACGCGAUCGAGCGCGCCCGCCGCGUGA